GUAUGUUUCCCAUAAUGCAACACAUUAGCACAAGAAAUAACAUCACUUGCCAGCUUUUCAGAUCCUGAAUUUGCCUCCAGUGUCGAUUCUUCUGCAGCUGCCAACAUGGUCAAUGUACACAAAGGUGUCCUUGUGGAAUGUGAUCCUGCCAUGAAACAGUUCCUCCUUUACUUGGAUGAAAAGAUGGCCUUGGGAAAGAAGUUCAUCCUCAAGGAUCUGGAUGACACACACGUCUUCAUCCUGGCAGAGGUGGUUCAGACGCUCCAAGAGAGAGUUGGAGAAUUAAUGGACCAGAAUUCCUUUCCCAUCACCCAGAAAUAAGACUCAGUUUGACCCAAAAAUUCUUGUCUUUUUGGACACAUUUAAUUUUUGUUUAAUGUUCUAACGGCAAACAUAAAUGGAGAAAUUCAUGACUUUUUCCUCCAAUAAAGUAUUUUGGAUUUAUUUGA